AUGGCUUCUACAAGAGACGAAGCAAAGGACGAUGCAGUCAUACCUCCCGAUGCCUUCAAAUAUCUCAAUUCCAUCAAACUUCACCAGCCCCAAUUUCUCGGGAAAAGAUUUGCUCGUCUCUGCAAUAAUUUCAAGUAUAUACCUCCUCCCGGCCACCGAGUGAUGCUGUAUAAGGCCAAACUUGAGCACGAAAGGAUACUUAGCAGGCUAGAGAAAGCGUACCGGCUUCCAUCCUACUGGCCUGGUUGUUUCAAAGAACUUCUUCAAUGGCUUCACCGGAUCGACUUCACUCAAGACAACCAAAUUUAUUUUAACAGAUUUCUUGGCGAGAUUAUGGAAGAAACCGAAUCUGAAUGUUCAAUACCUCUCCUUCAGACGCGAACCCAUGACUUUUUCCUUGUCUGGGAGUCUAGAUUAUCUAUGAUGAACACCCCCUACGCAACUAGGUCUGACGAAGAAACCACCUCUUACGAAAGAAGAACCUCUUACGAAGAAACCAGCUCUGACGAAGAAGCCAGCUCUGACGAAGAAACUAUCGAGAAUAAGUGCGAGGAGCACAGGUGGCUUAUUCAUGAGUUCAACCCAGCUCUUCAAGUAGAGCGCAACUCUGACACCGAAGAACCUAUUCUCCCGCUGCGGUUCGGCCUCCCUGUGGGAAGAGUAACAUGCUUUAAAAAGGGAAAGGGAAAAGACCAUGACGGUUAUAGUUCAUUUCAUCUGGUCUUCCAUCCAGUUGACAAGAGCUUUUGGAUGGUGGUGGAUCGCUACUUGGGCUGGGAGAGGUUUGGUGAGUGUGGCUCUGAUGUGGAUGUGCAUUCAGACACGCCUGUAUACGAAUAUCUAGACAACAAAGAACGAAACAUUCGCCUACGCUUGCGAUUUGGGAGGCGGAACAAUAUGGCGGGAGCCGAGGCAUUCCGUUUGGGGUCAGCGGAUCUUUGGUUCCCCAAAGGCUUGGGACUGAGUGAGCUCGACGCCGGCAAACUAGUUUCUAGAUCCGAUCGGCGACAUCGGCGGCCGGCUGUUGACUUCUCCAGCCUUCCAAAGGUAUCGCGGUUUCGAGACUCCGAGGCCCCGCAAAUUCACAUCGCAGAGGACUCCAGCUUCCAGAGCUAUCUUGCAGAAAACGGAGUGGUGAAAGGACGCUCAUGGCUUAGUGUGUCACCAUUGCCUGCCUGA